AUGACACUCAUCUCAUCUAAACUCGCAGCGGAGACCUUCAUCGUGCCCAUCGUAUACGGUGGCGGUGAUUUGCCCGAGAUCACAGAGUUUGACUGUGAUAUCCUCAUGUGGGAUGGCAAGCCGCAGUACGCCAACGUACUCGACAACUGGAUUCCCGAGGCCCCUUAUUUUCAGGAUAGAGGUUUCAAUAUGCCAUCAAUCACUCCUAAGGAUGUGCAGCAACAGAUAAUCGACUACUGUGUCGAGUGUGUGCUUGCCCUAGGGUUCAAGCAGGGUAACUUCCACAUGGAGGCAUGGAUGACAACUAUAGGGCCCGUGCUUAUCGAGUGCAAUCCCCGCGUCGGCGGUGCCAGUAUCUUCGACCUGCACAAGCAAGUCUAUGGAGUGGACCCUUCGGUCAACUUCUUCCUUAGUGCCAUGGGUAUCCCCAUCAAUCCCCCCAGAUUCGAGACGCCUCAGUGUGCACGCCUGUUCUACCUGGUAACUGCGCACAAGACCGGGGUGUUUGAGGGCGAGACCUUCCUGGACAAGGCGAAGGAGAACGAGCACGUCAUCAGCACUGUGUACUUCAAGCACAAGGGUGAUAAGGUCACUGGCCUGGACAAGGGUGUCCCCGAAUGGAUUGGUCAGUUUGAUAUGAAGGGAGAUGCCAAAGAUCUCGAGUCUCUCAUCCGGGAACUGGAUGACUUGGUCAAAGAAUCCACAGAGGAAGCGGGCAGGCAAACAGCCGGCGAAGUGGUGAACUUCAAGCCCAACAGACGCCGUUCAACUUUGGCGGAUUUGGAGUAAUUAGUAUAGUAUAGUAAAAUUUUAUUCUUCGAGUACAUAUUUGUCGAAUUUCUCACAUUGAGAGACAUUUGUGUUAGCUUUGAACUAAAUAAGGUAACUAACAUCACUGUACCCGGCAGGAAUAGUGCUUUUGGUCCCGAAUUAUAGACCAAUUCGUAUUUGCGCCGUUGUUAAAG